GUUUAGUAAAUUUCUCGUAGCUGUUCGUGAUUUGCGUCGGCUGCUUUUUGGUCCAAAAGUAAAUGUGCGAAAGAUUUUGGGUGAUGUAGAACGGGCAGUAGCGGACUCGUCAGUCUUAUUUACUUCUUUUGUAUCUAUUCUUAUAUCCUCAUGUGUUGUCAAAUCGCUAUUUGGUUUCAUUAAAUUAUCAAAGAGAGAACAACACCUUCGGAAACAUGUCACAAUCUAACCUCUUCAGUCGAAUGACUCUUCUUCCUUGGGCAUCAGUCAAACAAAUUUUGACACAGACUUCUCCAUCAAACCCUCAGCUUUUACAUCGGAGUAUAUCAAAUAACUUUGCUCUUAUUACUAAAGUUCACAGAGAAUCCUAUUUGAAAAAUUAUCGUGUUCUUGUAGUACAACCAGAUGGUUCUUCAUUUUAUACUCGCUACCAUGAGCCUCGAUCCAUCAUUCAGCUCCCACUUGAUACCUCAACAUUGUCACCCGAAGAUUUGAAAUUAAGAUUGGCCAGAAGAAAUCCCAAGAAGAAGGUUGAAUAUGUCAAGGAAGAAAAGAAUACUUAUCAGGCCUCCAAGUACAUCAAACUAGUUAAAAAGAAAACUUAAAAAGUUGCAUAGGUUUUUUUUUUGCCUGUAUAGGAUGUGUUUCAUGGAAAUUGAGGUCAAAAAAGGAGUUCUGUUGCUGGUUUCUAAAGUAGUAUUCCUGUUGAAUCCAGAUAUUGUUUGUAAGUAGUUCUAUUUUACUACUUAUUUUGUAUAAAGUUAAAUAAAAUUCCUCAAAGUUUCGUUA